AUGAACGCAGCUAUUUUCCUUUCUUUUCUUUUAUUAGCAAUUGUUUCAAUUGUGAAUGCAACAACAGAAUGGUGGGGUGAUCUUCGUGCUCAUCUUAAUCCUCCAAAGGCACCGGCAUUUUACGAUGUUACCUAUGAUGAUGAAUGCCCACAAGGCCUUAAAUAUGAUGCUAUCCCCGAUUUUGUUUAUUUUGGAACCAUGAUCUCCUCAAUGAACGUUGACGACAACGAAGAAUGCGUUCAAAAGUGCUUGGAAAAACCACGAUGCAAAGCAGCCAAUUAUUUCCAGUCGAUCUCUUUCCAAGAACAAGGCUUUUGCGAAUUGCUCUCAGAGACCCAGUUGGACAACCCCCAAUUAAUGCGCCCCUUCAUCAAAGCCACUUAUUACGAAAAUAUCAGAUGUCGAGAUGUGGACGCUAUCGAGAUUGAGAUUGAUCAGAAGCCGAGAGCACGACCUACCAAAGAAGAAAUCUCGGACAUUUUUAAAAAGAUUUCGUCGAAAGCGACCGAAUUUCGGGCACGUUUCAGAGCCGCUAGAAAA